UCGUGCACAUGAUGCAGCAUCUGUCUGUCAUCCUGCAGCACACAGAAUUGCGCGCUUAAGCUUGAUGCCCACGUUGUGUUUCCUGCACUGUUUUCAUGACUAUCCGAUUUAAACAUCAACACGAUGUUAUUGUCGAUCUAUCUCCUCGUCUGGUACACGCAAGGGUUCGCAGCGUCAUCUUACGUCAGAGUGCCAUCUGAACCUGUUUUGGUGGUCCGUGGAGCGACCGCUCUUCUUCCCUGUGAAUUUAUGCCAGAUAAGGACCUCUCCCAACUGGUCAUCACCUGGCAACGUGAGGAAGAUCAAAGAGUGGUUCACAGCUAUUACUACCAGAGGGACCAGCUAGACAAACAAGACCGAAAUUAUUCUAAACGCACAAAUUUAAAUCAUCAGCAUAUUACAAAAGGAAACGCCUCCCUGGCAUUAACAGAUUUUAGACUGAAAGAUUCAGGUAAAUACCUGUGCAUAGUAACCAACAGCCUGGGAUCAGAAAGAGGAGUGGUUCAGCUGGUCUAUGGAGCUCUUUAUUCAGAACCAAGGUUAAGCAUCCAUCUCAGCUCAAAUAAUGCGACCAUCAGGUAUGAGACCGAGGGAUACCCGAAGCCGGAAGUUGAGUGGCGAGGGACAGGCGGUCAGAAUUUCACUGAUGUUAAGAAUGCAUCGGAUGAAGGCCUUUACCACUUAAGAAGCAUUUAUAAAAUCCAGACAUCAGCAUUUAACAUCACAUUUACUCUAAAAAACCCUGCUGUCCAUCAGGAACUACAGAGACAUGUGGUCCUCAUUUAUGAUGGGAACACAGACGGAAGUGUUAAUAAAUCCGUCGUGUUUCUUGCCAUAUUAUGUGUUUUCCUCAUGUGCUCUACAGGCGUGUUGUUAUGGUUGUACUUUCGUAAGAAGGAAAACCCUCAUGAGAAGCAGAACGGACAUACAGAACACUUUUACAAAGUGAACAAAGAAGAGUCAAACGGCGAUAAACUGGAUGACAUUUAAACAUGUGACUCUUGUGAGUAUUUGGACCUAAAUACAACCAGACUACUCAACAUCGCCCCAUAAAGUGUGUUUGAGUUUUUUCAUUUUCAUUACAAUGUUUAGUUGAAUCUAGUGGCGUCUGGUGACUUCUUUUUCGCAAAGGUGGACAGUACUUGAGUAUUUUAGUUACAUUUUUGUCUUGGGAUUUUUUUUUACUUUACUUAAAAAUGUUCACUACAUUCUAAAGCAUAGAAUCAUAGUUUGUAUUAUAUUGCAUAUUAAAAUUGAUUUAAUACCUAAUUACAUAACAAUUGUGUACUUUUACUUUUCUUGAGUGAAAGUACAAAAGUACUUUUUACUAGGGAUGCACCGAUAGGAUUUUUUGGGCCGAUACCGAUUUAAACAGACGACAACUUGCUGAUACCGAUGCCGAUACCGAUAUUAAACACUUGUAUACAAUACUAUACAGUUGGUCUAUUAGCUUAUUUCUGCAUCAAAUUAUUUUUACUGAACAUGGAUUGGAUCUAAUUAACAUUCAACUGACCAACAUAAUAAGAGAGGCACAAAUUAAGCUAAAACAAAUAUAAGACAGCAUGACAACCCUCAAAGGUGCUUUUUGCUAUUCAGCAUUUAUUUUAUUAACAACAUUAACUCAUUUUUUACAUAUAAUGGAUUUCUUUAUGCAGUUAAUUAAUAAACAAUCGGUAUCGGCCUUUCGUGCUAUUGCCGAUAUGCCGAUGGUUUCAAAUUCAUCUAAAAUCGGCCGAUAAAUACAUCGGUGCAUCACUACUUUUUACUUAAAUAAAAGUAAAAAAAAUACUAGAUGUUUAAUGUAUUUAAAUAUAAACCAAAGAUUUGAAAUUAUGAAAUGGAGUAAAAAUUAUGAUAAUAUGCUUUGGAAUGUAUGUUUUCCAAAGAAAAACACUGAUAAAAUACAAAUACUUGAAAAUUUACUUUUAUGUAGAAAGUAAAAAUACUUAAGUAGUGUCCGCCUCUGCUUUUUCGAGGGCACACGAUGCGAAGCUCGUCACAACACGUUUAGUGUUAAAUUAGUGUCUAACGAGUAUUUUGUGAACGUGAGCAUCUCUUUUAUCAUAAACCCUUUCGACGUGUGUGCAGCAGGCACAUAUUUUGACAAGAUGCAUGAUGCACAUGGUUCACAUGAUGCCACGAACACACAUUUUGAAUUUGUGCUUUUCGGAAGAGAAGUCACCGGCUGCCCCUGGUUGCAUCUUUAGUGAUUUUGCAAUUGUUUAGUGUGUGUUAUCCAAAAAAGUUAAUUUUUUAGGAGUAGAGAAACUUGCAUCCACUUUUUGCAGUGAAAUGCAGACAAAUUUGAUUAAUAUCAAUAAAAUGACUAAGGUUUGUGAAAAUAAUGCAUUUUAAUUACUGCCUAAUAACAAUUUUAGUGCUAUUAAAGUGAAGUUACUAAACCUAAACGAGGUCAGAGGUACUUUAGAUGGUUUUGCAUCUGUACUCUUAAAUGUAAAUAAUGUUUUCUGCUGCUUUACUCUACUUGACUGUUACUGAGGCGUGGGAGAGAAACAUGGCUGAAAAUCUGAAGUGUGUACUGAAGUGUGUACUCUAAUGCUGCAAAAAUAACACACUUUUUAAAGGUACAAGUGUUAUUUUUAAUUUUCAAAUAUAUUUUAAAGCAACACUAAAGAGUUUUUUUUUACCUUAAAAUAACGUUUUCAAAAAAGUUUCAGUCGUUCAUCCGCCCGAAACAGGGUGAACGGCACUUUCACAUUUGCUUUGCAACCGCACUAAAGAAGUUUCCAACCGUCGGGUCGCGGUCCUGUAGUUCGAGUGAAAACUACAAAAACUUGCUUUAGGGCAGACCUACAAUCCAAUCAGAGCCAGCUUUGCUGCAGUAGGCUAAAUUAUUUACGACAGUGGUAAUGGACAAUUCCGCUUCCAACCUGUAGGGGGAGCAAAGAGCAAAAACUCUUUAGUGUUGCUUUAAAAUAUAAAAAAUGGCCCAAAAAUAUAUGUACUGAAAUCAUUUUUAAAAUAUGUUUGCAAAAAUGUAUUUUUCACCAAUAUUUUUUGGCCAUUUUUAUUAUUUAAAAAAUUGGAAGAAAAUCUUUUUACUUUUUUCAAACAUAACAGGUUUAAAAAUAUAAAAAUGUAAUACAUUUUCAAAUGCAGAAAUAUACUUUUAAUUUGGGGCAGUUUCCCGGACAGGUAUUAGACUAGUCCUAGACUAAAAUAAAUGUAAGAGCUGUCCAAACUCAAAACAACUUGCACUGACAUAUCUUAAAAUACAUCAGUGCCCUUUGUUUACCUCAAAAUACGCACAAGUAAUGUUUUUAAUAAGGCAUGUUUGUUAAAACUAGUUGUAUUUCAUAAUUAAACUAAGGUCUACUCCUGGCAUAAACUAAUCCCUGUCCGGGAAACCACCCCUUUAUAUACUUAAAUAAAUAUAUAACUUAAAUAUAUAAAUAUAUUUUUGCAAGGAAAAAUAUAUAUUUUUGCCAUAUGGGUUGUAAAAUUAAAAAUGUAUUUGCUGCCCCUGAAAUACAUUUUGAAAUAUAUGUUAAUAUAUCAAGGUUAAAACUAAAUUUUCCAAAUUCAGAAAUGUAUUUAAUUAGGCUCUCUUUUUUACAAAAUGUAUGUAGCAUAUAUUUAAAACACGUUUUGGCCAAAGAAAUGUAUUUUGUGACAGAUGGUGACUAAAAACCUAUUUAGUAAAAACAUGUGUAGUGAAAUUUUUUUAUUUGGGCAGUUUCCAAGAAAGGGUGAAGAUCUUAACACAAAACAAUGGCACUGAUAUUUAAAAAAUGUUUUCAAUUAUGCAUUUAAGUCUGAGACUACAUUUAAGCUCUGUCUGGGGGUUCGGGAUAGAUGUUGAUUUGGGGGUGGUAUCAUGAUAAGACCACAGGUUCUGUCUAGAUAGGAUACAGCUACGGCCUAAAUCCUGUGAAAUGUUGGGCGUAGGUUUAUGAUGAAAACAUAGGUUCUGGCUAGAUAGGAUACAGCUACAUUGGGUUUAGGUUAGGUCUGGGGGAAGGAUUAUGAUGAAAAACAGCCAUUGGUGUCGGUAGCCAUAAAAAUGUGGGCCCAAAACAUUUAAUGGAGUAGAUGCCAUUCUUGUACCAUAGUGCCUUUGAAUUUUUAUAGCUUAACAACUUUGUUUACCUUGUUGUGUUGCUGUCGGAGUACAGCAGGCAAAAGUAAUAAAAUUUUCGCACCCACAUAUAAUGGUUUUGACAUAUACACCAAACCAGCGCAUAUCCGGCGGGAUUUCACAAGAUUUUGGCCGUAGAUGUAUACCUUCUAGCCAAAGCCCUGUCUUGGAAACUGCCCCAUUGUGAUAACGUCUGAUGAAAUGUUUAGAAAUCGAUAUUGUUUUGUGUAACUCAAUUACUAGUCAGAAAGUUUAUUUUUUUAUACAAUCUUGCAGAAUAUAAUGAUAACUGACAGUAUGAAAUUAUUUUAGAGACGUGCUUUUUAUUUCAUUGACUUUAUUUACAUCAUUAAAGACAAUAACAAACUUC